AUGCCUACAUUGAAGCUUGAUAGAACUGAAGCAAAGCUUGAGCCAGUAGGUUUAACUGAUGUGAAGAUCGGCGAGGAGUAUGAGGUUGUUUUCACCAAUCCUGCAGGUUUAUACAGGUAUAGACUAGGAGAUAUGGUAAAGGUUAUGGGAUUCCAUAACUCAACUCCAGAAAUCAAAUUUAUGCGUCGGAGUAAUCUUUUGCUUACCAUCAACACUGACAAGAACACUAAGAAUGAUUUACAAUUUUCAGUAGAAACAACAUCCAAGUUUUUAGCUGAGGAGAAAAUAGAGUUGAUUGACUACACUAGCUACAUUGAUUUAUCCAAAGAGCCAGGACACUAUGUCAUAUUCUGGGAAAUCAGUGGUGAAGCAAGUGAUGAAGCGCUUGUUGAGUCUUGCAACUGUUUGGAUAAGUCUUUUAUUGAUCCAUGUUAUGUUACUUCUAGGAAAGUCAAAGGUAUUGAUGCUCUUGAACUGCGAGUUGUUGGAAAAGGAACAUUCGAGAAGAUUCUUGAGAUCCAAGUUGCAAGAGGUGUACCUGUGAGUCAGUUCAAGACACCUAGGUGUAUUGGUCCUACAAACACCACAACGUUGCAAAUUUUGUUGGAAAAUGUUGUCAAGAGCUAUGUUAGUACUGCUUAUGAUUGAUUUAUUUUAAAUUAGAGAAGAAUAAAAUUACCAGUCUAAUAAAUAGUCUAAAGAGUAUGCAAUGAUAUGAAGAAA